AUGUCGGCUUCUAUGGCAGCAACGACUUCGGCGACCUUCGUUGCUGCUGAUUACUCUACUAGCGCGGACUUUCAGGGCUGGUAUCUGCAGACGACUCCCCAGCCUAUUAUUUGCGCGUCGACGCAGACCUACUACACAAGUAGCACAUUUGCGGAUUGCUACGAUCCCUCAUCUUCGGCUCCCAUUCCCACGGGAUGCGAUGGAUCCACACUCCUCAGAGGAGAUGAUUCUGGUGUGUGUGCCACGUCCUAUUCAUGCUCCUCCUACAAAAUCUUCCCAACCGAAGGCUCCGAUGAUAGCGAGGCCGUACUGAGAUACGGAUGUAUGAUCAAUUGGGCCGCCAACAGCCUCUAUCGCACACUUCCUGCUCGUUACUCCUCCUCCACCGCCGCGCCUGCGAAGACCGAGUCCGCAUCUGCCUCUGCCACCGCAACCAAAAGCCAUCACACCGCUACAAAUACCGAUGCACAAAGCACCUCAUUUUCAACCUCCACCUCUAUCUCCACCUCUACCUCCACCUCCGACGGUUCAAGCAGCAGUCUCUCAGGCGGCGCAAUCGCAGGAAUAGUCAUCGGCGGCGUCGCCGCCCUCGUAAUCCUACUAGCGCUCAUCUUCCGGAAGAAGAUUCUAGCGCUAUUCGGAAAGGGCAAGCCCGCCUCAGAUGACGGACCGGCCUGGUCACCCGUUUACAUGCCUCCCGAUACACACUCCAUGUCUCAAGCCACAUCCAACUGGCAGACAUCUGAACUGUCCUCAGACCAGCACCCUAGCAUGGUUCAUGAGAUUGGUUCGUCGCAGAGAAAUACGGCUCAGGCUGUGCAUGAGUUGGGGUGA